CAUGCGCACAAUUGAACCACCUGGGUUGUAAUAAAACAGUCUAUUUUUAGAGAAUCGAAGCAUGCCCGAUCUUGUAUGUACAUGCAAACUGCAUGCUUUUGGAAAGAUUUAAUCGCUGUUCGGGCUUCUCACGCUACUUAGAGGCAACUCUUGUGUUUUCACCUGUGAAUGUUUCGUGAUUUUUUUUACGCUGCGAAGUAAAACGCUCCAUUAUCGGAAUCAAGAAAAUGAGGAGGAAUGAUUGCGAGAAUAUCUAUUCAUUGUUCAGACUCUUAUAAGAAUAGAUAAUAGCUCUCUGAAAAGAGGGUGCUCUUUUUCUUGAAAGAGGAGUAAAAAAAUCUUUCACUUUCCAUCAGAGGAAAGUAGUCUUUGAUUUGACCAUUUGAGAGACUCUGGAGAACCUGUCUGUUCAAAUUACGUCCACCCACGUCCAAUUCAUAGAAUAAGAAGCGAAUUGCCAGCUUUUAUUAUUGACAUCCCAUCAAGAUCUGAUAGACGCGUACUUUUAUAAAUAUAAAAUGAUGGAACUAAAUACAAAAUGUAUGAAGGAAAAACCAAGAAGAAUUCAACUCUGAGAAGAAGUGAAAGAUGAUUUACUUCUUAUGUAUUGGGUCAGCGUUUUCAGGAAACAAUUAGAAUUUCUAUUAUAGUCGGGUCAUAGAGAUUUAAAGAAUAUUUGUUGGCUCAUGACUACAUAUUAACGGAGUUGGAUAUUGACGUAAUCGGAGACCUGUUCUCGAUGACGUAACGAGCCGUCUUGCGGAGGACAUCUAGAUGUGCACUGUGAAGAAAGAAAAAACUUAUUCACCCAAAACUAACGUGUUACAUCCACAUAGAAUAUCGCAGCAUCUCAAGCGCACGUAGAAUGGACGCUUCGCGAUGGAAAUAGGCGAUCAGUCAGCAUAGUAGACGACCCCAGGUCGUCCUGAUUGACCGGCUCAUCCGCAACCGUUCCCGAGAAGACUGACCCGGUUGCUUGUUCGCGAUGGCUACUAUGGCGUCGACGGAGAAGAUGGAUAUGGACAAGGACUUGCCGAAGAAGAAGCUCAUCAACACGAAUCUGAUAUCGCUCAAAUGUCUUCUGUUCGUCUUUUUUGGAGGCAUCGGCUGUCUCUUUCCAUUUCUUCCACUGCACAUGACGAAGGUGGGACUGAGCAUCGAAAAUGUCAGGUUUGUGUCAAUGAUCUCGCCGGCAGUGGCGAUAUUGGGGCCGCUGAUAGCGGGACCGAUUGCUGACAAACUCGCCAGCCAUCAGAGCAACAAUGACAAAUCAUCGACUGGUCGUUACCUUCGCGUGAUGAUCGCCGUUGCGUGCAUUUUUUCGGCACUCUUUUACUCGCUAUUGUUGAUAGUGCCCUCCGUAGACCGCACACUGCCGUUGGGCGAGCAGGGUCCGAGCCUCAAGUUCAAUUGUGAUCGGCGAGGAGCGAUGGUGCGGCAAGAAAGAUGCGAAGAUCGUUUCGGUUGUCAUCGCUGGGCCGAUGACGACAGCGGGGUGGGCAUCAUGCUACUAAAAGACUGUAACUAUGUUUGCUAUCCGAUCGGUUCGCAACGAUGGCAUUCAGAAGUCGCUACUGAUACAACGACUUCUCAAAGCGUCGAUCCUGAAGUUGAUUUCUUUGACGGCAGCGGCGAGACCACGGUGGCACCGUUAUACAGUGAACUUUAUGCGCCGGAGGAUCGCGAAGAAACGAAAAAAACUCGUCGUUAUGUCAUGGCUGAAAACGAGCCGCCGCAUUUAUGUUACAAGGAUGAAGACGACGACAUUAUCUGUCAUGUUUAUACAGAGUACUCAGGUGUUUUGCCGGUGAAUGGUAGUCUUGGACAGGCAUUGAAUCCCGAAAAUGAAGAGGAAUGGUGCGCAUAUCCUAUGGCUGAGUACUUUGCUUGUCGCAUACCGUCCGAGUUGGAAGUCAGAAUGGCCGAAUUUAAUCAGAGUUGCUCCAUUGAAUGCGAGCUGGUCAAUCCCUAUACUCUUCCAGGCAGUGUGUUGGCGGAAAGCCAGUGUCAACGUACUGGAGAUUGGGCGGAAGCAGCGUUUUGGAUGUAUCUAUUCAUACGUUCGAUCGCGGAUAUCUUCCCGACGACUGCCGUGGCUCUAAUCGAUGCGGCGGUGGUGAUCGCGACGAGGGAGACGUCAUGCGGUCGCGGCGACGUAGGACGCCAAUUGGCCUUCGGUUCUCUUGGUUUUGCUCUACUAGGACCGUUGACCGGCUAUCUGAGUACUCUAACGAACGAUAUCGGGCCGGCCUAUUGGCUACCGCUCAUUCUACACGCCGUGCUCAUGAUCCUCACAGCCGUCAUCGCUUUGUCAGCGAAUGGCAUGCCGCUCAGUCCACCGGAAUGGUGGUGGCACACGAGAAGCGGCAUGCUGGCGCUACCAAUGAGUGCUAUCAAGAGAUACGGUAGCGAGACCGCUGCUUUGGUCUUCAUCCUAUUAGUUAUGGGGACUUUCUGGAGUGCGAUAGAUAGUUAUUUGCCUUUGCAUCUGCAAAAACUAGGGGGUAAUGAACUUUCCAUUGGUGUCGCUAUGACUGUUGGAGCAAUUCCAGCGUUCCUGUUUCUUUGGAAAUCGGAACAUCUUGUGGAUUAUUGUGGACACAGUAAUCUUCUCAUCACUGCCUUUACGGUGUAUAUAAUCAGAUUCACCGUAUUGAGUUACGUGUCGGAGCCUUGGUGGUCUCUAAUUACGGAGGCUUUAGAAGUAUUCACCUUAGGAAUAAUGUGGGUUACUGCCAUUCUCUACCUAAGACAUUUGGUACCGCGUCAUUUGACUGUGACUGCCCAAGCGCUGCCUGUGAUAGCUCACUUUUGCGUCGGCCGAUGCCUCGGAGCCGUCGUCGGUGCUUAUAUAAAUUUUGCUGACGGGGAUAUUGUAGAAUCGCUAAGAUCCGUGUAUUAUUACAUGGCGAUAGCGGCAGCUAUUGUUGCCGCCUUGUAUUUCGUCUUAUAUCACGGUCUACUAAAGCCGAGAUGUCAUGCACACACUAUUCAAGGUCCGCGUCAACCUCUUACAAUUAUGCAAGCUGCCAUAAAAGACGAAUUGACGAUGAACGGAAACGGGAAUUACAUGCCGCUGAGGGUAUAUCAUAAUGGAAUGGGCAAAAAAGGUCAAUUUCGAUACUGAGAAGAUCUAUGAAGAUGAAUGAAGAUUAUUUAGGAAUGAAGCUACAACACAUGAACUUCAAGAUAUACAAAUUGCCGAUGAUAUGUGCUCUCACAUGUAUUUUCGUUGCAUCACAUUUAUCAUUAAUUUGUAAAAUCUAAAACAACUGCAUUAUCAUUUUUGUUUCUUAAUGCUAUUAUUUAUAUAAGAAUUAUUAUAUUAUAAGAAUCAUUACUUGCUCAAGUACUUUCUAUGAGCUAUAUCACACAUCAGUUUUUACAUUUCUAAUUAUAAAAGUGUAAGCUGUGACAAAUAUAAACUUUUUUGUCUAUCGCAAUAAUAAAAAGCGAAGUAAUACUUCUCUUCAUGUGCGAACGUUCUGUAUAACAAAAGUUACAUGUGACUAUAAUACUUUAAUUUUUUAUACUGUAAAUUCAUUUUUUGUACAAUUGCUAUGUUCAUAAAACUAUCAACAUACGAAUAGAUGAAGAACUUUCUAUGAUGAAAAACUUUACAGCGAGACUUACAUGUAUCUUUACAUGAAACAUAAAUCGAUUAUAGAUAUUGAUAUGCUAAAGGUAAAACAUCUACUUGACCAAUGUUACGUUUCUGUGAGUUGAUAUAUAUGUACACCAAAAAAAAAUGAAAUAAAAAAUA